AUGACUGCCCUCAUGCAUGCCGCUAAAAAUAGUCACUUAGACGUCUGCAAGGCACUUUCCGAGGGAGGGGCUCGCUUUUCGGCGAAGGACAAUACCGGGGAGACGGCCCUCAUGAUGGCUGCUAAGAACGGCAGCACCAGUGACGUUAUACGCUUCUUGGUCGAUGCUCAAAUAGAGCAACGUCGGAAGGCACAAGCUGUGAGUUUGGCCGGACUCAACGAUGGUCCAUCCAAGGCUGAACAGCGUCGUGUUGUUGAUGCUACUGACGAUGAAGGCGUCACUGCGUUGAUGAAAGCUGCUGAGGCUGGUCAGUCGGAGGUUGUCGAGCUGUUGAUAUCACUGCAUGCGAAUGCUGAGGCUAAGGAUGACGAGGGGUGGAGGGCCAUCAUGUGGGCUGAUAUGGCUGGGCAGCUGCCCAUUGUUGAAUGGCUCGUCACAGAGCAUUCCCAGGAGGUCGACUACCAGACGGAGAACGGAGAGAACGCUCUGAUGAAGGCGGCUGCUAGCGGCCAUUGGGACGUCUGCAAGUUCCUCCUGGACAAUGGUGCCAAAGUCAAUGCCCACGAUCGGGAGUACCAAACACCGAUCAUGUGGGCUGCAGCAGCUGGCCAUAUGCAUGUGGUCCAGGGACUCAUAUCGUUUGAUGCUAAAGUAGACACUCAGAGUCGGACCGGCAAGACCGCGUUAAUAGUAGCAUCCACUUUUGGGAGAGCCGACGUCUGCAAGUAG